CUCGGCAGAACCCAGGGCGUGCAGAUCCCAAGCGCCCGGGACGGGUUCUUGUCCAGGACCGUGGCGGCUGCCGGGCGUCCUGGGUUUUACCCGCUCGUCUUGGGGCGGCUUCUGCACGCCCGGGAAGAGGGCGCGGUUUCCCAGCUGGUUUUGCAUUUCGGGAGAGCUGAGAGGCCUCCCGUUUCUCCUCAGUCAACUCCGGAGGAAGCGGCCGGCGACCUCCAGAGCCACAUGAUCACGCUGCAAACAGAGGCCCAGAGAGAGGUUCCAUUUAUGAAAUGUUUGGAAAUGAAUGCUGUUUGUCAACAGGAGAAGUGAUUAAAAUUACUGGUCUCAAAAUUAAGAAGAUCAUAGCUGAAAUUUGUGAGCACACUGAGGGUUGUGAGUCUUUACAACCAUUUGAGCUGCCUAUGAAUUUUCCAGGUCUUUUUAAGAUUGUGGCCGAUAAAACUCCAUACCUCACUAUGGAAGAAAUAACAAGGACCAUUCAUAUUGGAUCAAGUAGACUAGGGCAUCCUUGCUUCUAUCAUCAGAAGGAUCUAAAACUAGAGAAUCUCACUGUAAAACAGGGUGAGCAAAUCAUGCUCAACUCAGUUGAAGAGAUCAGUGGAGAGAUAAUGGUGAACUGUGGAGUGGUAAGGAAUCAUCAGAAUCACUCGUUUACUUUGCCUUUGUCACAAGAAGGAGAAUUCUAUGAGUGUGAAGAUGAACAUAUUUAUACCCUAAAGGAGAUUGUUGAAUGGAAGAUCCCGAAGAACAGAACACGAACUGUGAAGCUUACCGGUUUUUCAAAUAAGUGGGACUUAACAAAUCCAUUCCCUAAAGGCUUUUAUGGUGCUCUGAUUCUCAAGCCUGUUUAUGAAAUUCAAGGUGUGAUGAAAUUCCGAAAGGAUAUAGUCCGCAUCCUCCCCAGUUUAGAUAUUGAAGUCAAAGACAUUACUGACAGUUACGAUGCCAACUGGUUUCUUCAGCUAUUAUCUACACAAGAUCUCUUUGAAAUGACCAGUAAGGAGUUCCCCAUAGUGGCCGAAGUCAUAGAGGCACCUCAAGGAAACGAGCUUCCCAGAAGCAUUUUACAGCCUGGGAAGACCAUUGUGGUCCACAAAAAGUACCAGGCAUCGAGGAUCUUAGCUUCAGAAAUUCGAAGCAAUUUUCCUAAAAGGCACUUCUUGAUCCCCACUAGCUAUAAAGGCAAAUUCAAGCGGCGACCCCGGGAGUUCCCAACUGCCUAUGACCUUGAGAUAGCAAAGAGUGAAAAGGAGCAUCUCCACGUGGUGGCCACCAAAGCCUUUCAACCCCCUCAUGACGAGCUGUCAUCCGUAUCUGUUGGGGACCAGUUUCUAGUGCAUCACUCACAGACGACUCAAGUCCUUUGUGAGGGAAUCAAAAAAGUGGUGAAUGUUCUAGCCUGUGAAAAAAUCCUCAAAAAUUGCUAUGAGACAACACUGCUCCCUUUGUACAUGGAAGGAGGUUUCGUAGAGGUGAUUCAUGAUAAGAAACAGUACCAGAUUUCUGAGCUCUGUGCGCAGUUCCGCUUUCCCUUCAACGUGAAGGUAUCUGUGAGAGAUCUUUCCAUUGAAGAAGACAUUUUGGCUGCUACACCAGGACUGCGGUUGGAGGAAGCUAUCACAGACUCCUAUCUACUUAUAAGUGACUUUGCCAACCCCAGGGAGUGCUGGGAAAUUCCUGUCAGUCGCUUAAAUAUGACUGUUCAGUUAGUUAAUAGUUUUUCUAGGGACACAGGAUCAGUUCUAGUCAGGACUCUGGUUGAAGAGAUCACCGAAGAACAGUAUUACAUGAUGCGAAGAUAUGAAGGCUCUUUCUCCCACCCCCCACCUCGCCCUCCCAAACAUCCCUCAGUGGAGGAAACAAAGUUAACCCUGCUCACCUUAGCAGAGGACAGGGCUGUGGGUCUGCCUAAGUCUCCCAAGAGUCUCCAUGUAGACAUAUCCAAGACACUGCACUCAAAUCAAGCUGGCCUGGAUUCAAAAGUACCAGUUGGUUGUCAAAGUGAUUUGGCCGAAUUGGAGAAAGAGAGAAGCAAGAGUGGGGCAACUCAACUAGCAGCCACCAGUGUAACCACAGAAAUCGUCAAAAGUAAAAAACAUCAAAAAUAAUGAGAUGUGACUGAAACCAGCUGGGCAGUGAACAUAAAUGUUGUGAAGGAAAAGUAAGCUUAGCCUUCAAUCUGAAAACAACCAUUCCCCAACAGACCUCAGAAGAAACUGGCCACUGCAAAGGAAAACAAAACAACCUCAAAAGUUUGAACAGAUAAUACUUAAAGAGAAACCUAUGAUAUGGAAUUCGCGUAGUCUGUUCUCUUGUGCCCAAAUCUGUAUAUAUUGUUGUAUUGUUACUUAGGACAUAUUUAUUUAAUAUGCAUACUUUUUUGCGGGUCUUAUUUCCCCUCCCAACCAGGAAGCAAUUGAAAAUUAACUUUAUAUUUCAGUUUCUGAGUAAAAACCAGUUGAAAAUAGGAGGAAAGCUCACCAGAUAUUCUCAGUUUUCAGAAUUUGUUUUGCCAUUUUUCUAGAAUUAUCAUCAUUCCUGCUAAAAAUAACUUAAAAAAAUAAUUAUAUCUGAGAGUGAUUUUAAAAUACCCAAGUUUCUUAUCUGAUCUCCUUGGAGCUAUGAAAAUGAGUUUGACUUCACAUUUUCAGUUUGUUUGUAAAUAAGUGUUUGAGGCUUAACAGCCAAAGCUAUCAUGAGUCACAGGAGUUUUCUAUAACUUUUUCCCCUGCCCUCUAAUAACCAGAAUUCAUGACUGCAAUAUCACCAAAAAUCUAAUAAUAUGCUGUAUUAUUUUAUGUACUGUAUACUAGAUAACCCUUUAGAUGAAUGCUUGUUAGGAUUAUAAGAAAACCAUCUCAUUUAUGUAUCAUUAUGUAUUAAGUAUACAGGGACCAUAUUAUUUCGCCUCUAGCAAAAUGAAGAGACAGAGAAGUUUUCUUGUUGGUCACACAGGAAUUUAAUGACAAGCUUUGGACUUUGUUCAUAGGUCAUACUCCAUACAAAAACUGUUGGCUAAUCUAUCUCAUAAUUAUUUUAUAUUAGAUAUAAAAAUUAUUCAUUAGUUUAGUACCAAAGAUUUUGGGAAGACAACAAAUCAUGAAACAGCUUUUCAACAGAAAAAAAAACCUACAGUAAGAGAUCUUUCACACAAUAUUUAUAUUCUGAUACAGCUUACUUCCCCUUACCUUUUUUUCUUUUUAAGUGGAAAUGAAUCCUGAUUUCUAAUACCAUCAAGAUUGUUUAGUGACUUGAUGUGAUGCUAUAGUUUGUUAUUUACAACUUCUGAAAUUUUCUGAGAUGGUUUCACCUUUACUUAUUUUGCUGGUUUGUGUCCAUAAGAACAAGAACUUUUCAAAGCUUACGUCCCCACAUUUGAUUUUUUUAUCAAAUUUUUGAUUAUUGAAUUCCACAGAGAAUCCUUUCUCCAUUCAGCAAUGUUGGCAAACUCCUAGAACUCACAGGCCAAUUUUCUAUUUUUCAAAUAGCAGUGAAUAAUUAGUGGUUUUUAUUUGGUAUAUGAGAACAAUUAAAUUAGUACUUUUAGUAAGUACAGUUCUUUGAUUGGAAAAUCAAGAGAAUGCAUGUCUUAGGUUUGGUCGUAAACCAUCAGGAUCUUUCUAGUGGACAUCAGAUAUAAACAUCGCUAACUUAAUACAAAUCCGUUAGGUACUUUGAUUCCAUCUCUCUUGCUAUUGAAGGGUGUUAAUCAAUUUCA